GGGACCUGCUCACCCACGAUCUCCAUGGAAGGUGGUCUACUGUCGAUCGGCCUCUCCCCCGUGCUCCUUCAUCAACCCUGUCCGUCGCGCCGCCGAGCCCCGAGAUCGCGCAGAUCCGCCAUUCUCGCGCCCUCGCCUGAUACCGCGCUCACCGCCGGACCUCACCAACCUCUGCUCGCGUUCCCCACACCGCCCUCCACCCCAUCCGCGUCCGCCCCAUCCUCCCCACGCGCAAUAGCCAUCCUGCUCGCCCCGCGCCGUGUCCGCAUCUGCAAUGAUCGGGAUCCACGACCGCUACCCCCACCCCGACUUCUUCCUGCCAGUGUAGCCGGCCACUACUUCUCCACUGCUGCUCGUUGUCUCCUCAACCACCACAGUGCCACACAAUCCUCCCACGGCGUGUCUGACUCAAGCCGGGAUGUCUCACAGGAGCAGUGGAUAGUUGAUGCGCCCUUAUAAUCAAGCAGUCGCGGCUUCCGCCCACAACUCCAGUCCCACAACAUGGUGCACGGUGUCUCCGGCGAGUCACUGCCUUCGUCUUCUGCCCACAACUCCGGUCAGGCCCCCUCCCUCUCCCCGCUGAGGCCCCUUCCGAUCUGGAUUCUGGAAUCGUGCCCGCCGGCCCGACCCAGCUCCACCCUCCCGGCCCCUCCGGCCGCCGCGGGAAAUGGCGAGUGGCAGCAUCCCCUACCGCCGCCUCCUCAGGCGAGGACGAGGAGGAGGGACUCCGAUAGCGGAAGGCCGAAUGGGCAGACAGCCGUGCCUUCGCUUCCGCAGCUACAGGAGGAGGAGGAGGCGCCGGAGCGGCUGGCUCAUGUGAAGUACGAGCUCCGUGACACUCCAGGAAUAUUUCCUCUGGUGGUAUACGGAUUCCAGCAUUAUAUUUCCAUGGUCGGUUCAAUCAUCCUGAUUCCUCUCGUGAUGGUCCCUGCUAUGGGUGGCUCGGCUGAUGACAUGGCGGCAGUGGUAUCCAUAGUGUUGCUCGUCACCGGGGUGACUACAUUGUUGCACAUGUUUGUUGGAACGAGACUAUCCACUUGUGCAGGGUCCAUCCUUUGUAUACCUGGCUCCUGCCCUUGCGAUCAUCAACUCACAAGAAUUCUUUGUGUCGUUGCAUGCCUAGAACAUGACAAAUGUUUCAGUCAUGCAAGGCUUGUUUGUUUUCUACUAGCAGUCCUGACUGAGCUUAACAAUUUGCAUUUCAUUGCAGAAUUCUAAACACAUAAUGAAGCACCUGCAGGGAGCUUUGUUUAGAGAUGCUCCCGCCGUGGCUGCCAAUUGCACUGGUAUUCAGGCAACCUACAUUUGGUCCCUGCAAUAUAGUUGCUUCUUGAAAGCAG